AGGAAAAGGUGGAGGAAGAGGAGGGAGGAGGCGGCUCCAUUCCUCAUUGUAUCCGGGUCACACGAGGAGCCACCUCCACCAGGACCACCGAGUCCCCAGCCUGGGCUCGCCGCAUCCCGCAGCUGACAGGAUGGCGGAUGGGAAGGAAAACGGCCUGGAGGAACCGGAAGGGUCUGAGCUGUGUCUGGACCCGUGUGAGGUGGAGAUCCCUCAAGAGCCAAACCCAACGGCGCAACGCGAGUGUGAGGGUCAACCACAAGAAGGCUCUGAAGAACCGAGCGAUGACUCCCGUGGACGCCCAUCACCAAGAAAGGGUGGGCGGCUGCGCCACGGGGGCCGUGCAACCAAGAGGACCUACGGCCGCGGCAAGAGCAGGAAGAACGUGGCAGAGAAGGCGGAAGAGGCCAUGCACAAGGGCCUCUAUAGCUGUCCCGACUGCGGGAAGAUCUUCACUCGGAGGUCCUUCCUCAUCCCCCACCAGCGCAUCCACACGGGUGAGAAGCCCUUCACCUGCCACGAGUGCGGGAAGGGCUUCCGCGUUGGCUCCUCCCUCAACAAACACCAACGGAUCCACACGGGGGAGAAACCCUACAAGUGUGGGGACUGCGGGAAGUGCUUCCGUCUCACCUCCACCCUCAGCACCCACCGCAAGAUCCACGCCGGGGGGAAGCCCUACGUCUGCCUGGUUUGCGGGAAGACCUUUCAGUUGAGCGCCUACCUCUUGGCCCACGAAGCCACCCACAGCGUGGACAACCCUUUCCAGUGUCUCGCCUGCGGGAAGAACUUCAGCCUGAGGAGGUACCUGGCCAUCCACCAGCGGAUCCACACGGGAGAGAAGCCCUUCAAAUGCUCGGUGUGCGGGAAGGGCUUCAACCGGAGGUCGACCCUCAUCGUUCACCACCGCGUCCACACCGGGGAGAAACCCUACAAGUGCCCCGAAUGCGGGAAGAGCUUCAUCAUGAGCUCAGACCUCCUCACCCAUCGGAGAAUCCACACCGGGGAGAAGCCCUACCGCUGCCUCGACUGCAACAAGAGCUUUCGGUUGAGCUCCCACCUUACGAGACACCAGCGAAGCCACACGGGGGAGAGACCCUACAAAUGUCUGGAUUGCGGGCAGAGCUACACGGACAGCUCUGGGCUCAUCAAACACAAGAAGAUGCACAUGGAGAAGAAGCAGAGGGCAUUGCAGGGAGGCCACCAAGGGGAAGGACGCUAUAAAUGUCCCUACUGUCCUAAGAGCUUCCAUGCAAAGUCAGCUCAGGUCCUUCACCGGGGCACCCACGUCGGAGAACGACCCUAUAGAUGCUCCAAGUGCGAGAAGGCCUUCAGCCACAGCGCCACCCUCCUGAAGCACCAACGUGUCCACACGGGGGAGAGGCCCUUCAAGUGUCCCAACUGCGAGAAGUGCUACAACGACAGCUCCACCCUUCGGAGACACCGGAGGAGCCACACCGAGGAGAAACCCUACAAGUGUCCCAGUUGCCAGGAGUGUUUCGGCGCCAUCGCGGCUCUCCUGAAGCACCAGAGGUUCCACACCGAGGGGAGACCUUUCCGCUGCUCCGACUGCGGCAAAAAUUUCCACUCCAAUUUUCUCCUCGUCACCCACCGGCGGAUCCACACGGGAGAAAAACCCUACACCUGUGAGGAAUGCGGUCGGAGCUUCAGCCGGAGCUCGAACCUGGUGGUGCACCAGCGGCUCCACGCUGGCGAGAAGCCCUACAAGUGCUUGGAGUGUGGGAAGACCUUCAGCAGGAGCUCCCACCUCAUCACCCACCAACGGCUCCACACGGGGGAGAAGCCCUACAAGUGUCCCGAGUGCGGGAAGAGCUUCAGCGACAGCUCCACCCUCAUCACCCACCAACGGCUCCACACCGGGGAGAAGCCCUACAAGUGCCCCGACUGCGGGAAGGGCUUCAACCAGAGCUCCAACCUCACGUCCCACCAACGCACCCACACCGGGGAGAGACCCUACAAGUGCCCCGAGUGCGGGAAGAGCUUCAGCGUCAGCUCCUACCUCAUCCGCCACCAGAAGAUCCACACCGGGGAGAGGCCCUACAAGUGUGAGGAGUGCGAGAAGACCUUCAGCCAGAGCUCCAGCCUCAUCAUCCACCAGCGGGUCCACACCGGGGAGAAGCCCUAUCGGUGCGUCGACUGUGGGAAGUGGUUUCGGAACAGCUCGGAUCUCAUCAGGCAUCAACGGACGCACACGGGCGAGAGGCCCUACCGCUGCCCCGACUGCGGGAAGAGCUUCAACCGCAGCUCCAACCUGAUGACCCACCAACGCAUCCACACCGGGGAGAAGCCCUACGAGUGUCCCGAGUGUGGGAGGAGCUUCACCGUCAGCUCUGCCUUGAUUAAACACCAAAGGACCCACCGGGAAGGGAAGCCCUACGAGUGUCCCGACUGUGGGAAGAGCUUUAUCCGCUGUUCCAACUUCAUUACCCAUCGGAGGACACACGUUGGGUAGAGUCUUGGUGACCCAUGUUGGGUAGAGAUGUGGUUGGUGGUCCCCACAUCUUCCUCAUUCCCCACAGGGACCUGGAUGGAGGGAGGAACAUCCAUUUGCUGAGGCGGGCUCAGCUGUGGGGCAGAAGUUCAUUAGGAAGAAGACACAUUGGCUUUAGACCCCCAUAAGUCACAUCUGCUCGGUCCAAUCAUUUCUUCUGGUGGCAUCAAGCAAGACCGGAUGGACCACAGUCUUCUUCCACAGCCAAAUGGUGGUUGGAUUUGGGCUCAGACCAAGAUUUUGAAGACACUCGGCUUCUUCAGGAAGGAAGAAAUGGGAUGAAAAUGGUCCCACAACCCUGUUGGGACCCACCAAGCUGAGUUCUUCUUGUUUAUUGCUUAUUUUUCCUCACGUAACGGGUUUUGGUGGUGGAACCUCUGUCCUGCCCACCUGUCUUUGGAUGAGUCAACUCUUGAGUUGGCCAAAAGACUUCAGAAGCUCCAGCAACAUCUUAGGGACAGAGAUGGACAUGGCCCAGCUCCACGUCUUGCUCUUGCUCCCUUUGUGCUGCCAAAAAUAAACCACAACCCAACCGCAA